AUGGAAGUCGUGAUUGGCGACGGACGCACCGAGAACAUCCACAUCCACCGCCACGACCGCGCCGACGCAUUGGCCUCGGCGUUCGCCCGCACCCACGGCCUCGGAGACGGCAUCGUUCCGACGCUCAUCGAGCACAUUAGCCAGCAAGUCGCCUCGAUGGGCUUGGCGCUCGCACCGAUGACAGUCGCACCGACGACGACACCGACCAUUGUGGAGGACAAGGAGUCGCAGUACCUCGCCAUGAUGGACAAGUACGCAGCGCUGCAGCGCCAGAGCAAAGAAGCUCCGAAUGUCGCAGCCUCGGCGUUCAGCCAGCUCAAGCCCUCGAAACGCAAGGCCUCCAAAACCACCACGUCGACACCGGCGGCGUGCGACCGUCUUCACGCUCUCGCACGCACCCGCAGUGAGUGGCGCGCGCGGGAGCUCAAGCGCAAGGAGGACGACGUCACCCGCGAGAUCGAGUCCCGCAAGCUGCGCCUCGCCGAAAAGUCCAAGGCGCUCGUUGCGAACCGCACGAACGGCAGCCACCGGUCGAUUGGCGAUCGGCUCCACAGCGAAGCGCUCUCUGAGGCCGCGCGCCGGGACAAGAUGGCGGACGCGCGGCGGCGGGAGAAGGAGGCGCAGAUCGACUGGAUGUGUCCAAAGUGCGCGCACGUCAACAAGUUUGCUGACAAGACGUGCCAGAACCGAACGAUCAAGAGCGGUCAUCGCAAGACGACGAGCAGCAGCAGCAGCUCGAAGCCAAAAGGCGUCUGCGGCAUGGCCAAACCCGUGCUCUUCACGCCGACCUUGCUCUCGGCCGCGCCGUCCAAGAAGGCCGAGGACUCGGAGCAGCUCCUCGUGCGACGACAGAAGCACCAAGAGAUGGCCCAAGCGCUGUACCACACGACCCACACGUUUGCGCCGCAGCUCAAUCCCAACUCGCAAGACAUUGUGCGCGAGAAGCGCGGCGAGGCGCACGACGCCUACGCCUCUUUGUACGACGACGCGCGCACCCGUCGCCAAAAGCAAACCGAGAAGGAGGCUGCGUACCUUGCGUCGAUUCCGUUCAAGCCCGACAUUGGCUUGCACACGCCGGGCGGUGGCGAGCAUUGGGUUGACCGCCUCGCGGUCACGGACAAGGCGGACGCCAAGCGGCGCGACUUGCUGGAGAAGUACGGUGCCGCCAAGGAUCCGGUGACCGGGCGCCCGCUGUUCACACCGGACAUUGGCCGCCCGCCGCAGUUCCCGCGCAACGACACGAAGCUCCCGAUUGGCGAGUUUUUGUACGAGUCGCGCCACGAGGUCCGCGCGCUGCGGGCGACGCUCGAGGCACAAGCGGACGCGCGGCGCAAGGCGCGGCAGACCCAAAGCUUCCUCUCGUCCACGUCCAAAGCCAUGCUGGAGGCGCGCAAGGCCAAGAGCUACGACGUCAUUUAUGGUCUCUUGCAAGUGGCGUGUGGCGAGCCCACCGACGCACCUGUCUUCGACCCGGCGAAGCUCCCGACCGACGCACUGCCGUCCGACUUGAGCCACAUUGCAUCGAGUCUCUUUGACGUCUGUGGGUUUGAGAGCAUUCCCAGAGCCGAGUUCUUCAACUGCAUGGAGACGACGCUCACGCAGUCGCCGGGCCUCACGCACACGCAAGUGCUCUUCUUCAGCGACAAGCCGCCGGCGACGUCAACGGCAGCGCUCGCGGCCGCCGCCGAGGCCAAGGAGCUCACGUUUCGCCCGAAAAUCAACCCGGCGUCCAGCACGAUCGAGCGCCGGGACAAAGAUAUGAGCGUCUUUGACGCGCUGCACCAGUAUCAAAAGACAUACGAAGCGAAGCGCAAGGCCAAGCAAGCGCAGGUGGACGAGGUGCGCAACAAGGCGUGUCCGUUUACGCCGACGCUUGUGGCGAAAAGCUCGCACCUCUACAGCAUGUACGACAACCUUCCGGACGACGACAGCUUUGACGACGACGACGCGGUCAUUCUCCAAACCUCCAAGCCCCUCGCGCGCCCUUAUGUGCGCCCGCUCGACGAAGAGUGGCCCGUCGAAGAGCCGCUUUUGGUCGUGAACCGGUCGCCCGUCGGCCCGACGCGGCCGCAGCUGCUCAUGUUUGGAGAGACGCCGCCUCUAGAGAAGGCUGCAUCGGUCGAGCCGUCAGUCCAGCACCCGGUGGUCGGGGGAGAUGGCAAGGACACUGCGAUGGACGAUGCGUACGAAGACGAGGACGAUGCAGCGACCGAGAUGGUGGCCGUGCACCCGAUUCCGUCGCCGGCGCGCUGGGCGCAGCGAGUCGCUCUCUUGGGACCGAUCCCGGAAGAGAGACCGCGCAAGGCGUCGCCGAUGCAGCUGCUCUUUGGGAGUCCGACGAAGUCCCUGACGGGCGAUGACGACGACACACCCUACGACGACCAAAGACGCGAGUGA